AAAACAAAAACAUGGCAGGAAGUUUGUUGGUUUGUGGAGUUUGCAUAUCUGCAUUCUGUUUGGCAGGGCUGAGUUUACUAAUGGUCAUUAAUGAUGCCCAGCCAGCACCAUAUAUGGAUGAGAUUUUUCAUAUACCCCAAGCACAAGAAUACUGUAGACGAAAUUUUACAUCGUGGGAUCCAAUGAUUACUACAUUGCCUGGUCUCUACCUCAUAUCUGUGGGCAUUCUCGAACCCAUUGCUAAAGUCUUGCAGCUGACGACCAUGGAAUUAUGCACUCCGCUUGUACUGCGCUCCAUUAAUCUGCUUUUUAUGACUGGAAAUGUCUGGUUACUGUCUCGGCUGAUUACAGUGAUGCACUUCUCCAAGAAGGAGAGUAGUACAGAUGCCAUCACAAUUGCAUUAACAGGCUUAACACUGGGAAGUUUUCCUGUUCUGUUCUUCUUCACUGGUCUCUACUAUACAGACCCUGGGUCCGUGUUCUUCGUUCUGCUGAUGUACUUCACCAGUGAGGACAGACACCACUUCCUGGCAGCCAUUUACGGAGUCCUGGCCAUCUUCUUCAGACAGACCAACAUUGUGUGGCUAGUCAUGGUAACAGGUAUUGCCAUUUCUGAAUCUCUAUAUGACUGGAUUCAGAUUGAGAAGAAAGAACAGAGCAAAGAGAAUGUUGAUGAUUGGACAGUAAUAUCUACAUUCUUUGUAUUGAUUGGACGAACGUUGAAGCACAAUCCAAUGAAACUGUUUGACUUAUUUUGGAAGAUUUUGGUAAAAAUUUGGAGUUAUAUUUUAGUUGGCUUAGGAUUUGGUGUUUUUGUUUUUCUAAAUGGUGGAUUUGUUGUUGGAGACAGGUCUCAACAUGCAGCGUGUUUAAAUAUUCCUCAGAUUUUUUAUUUUGUUUCCGUGGCAAUGUUUUUUUCAUGUAUGCACAUACUUAGACCACAUCUUUUGAUAAAAUUUAUAAAAUUCUGUUUCAGUAAUAUUGUUAUGGUGAUUCUUUUUAUCGGUUUGUCAUAUUUAGCCAUUUCACAUUUCACUUACAUCCAUGAGUAUUUACUUGCAGACAAUCGUCAUUAUCCAUUUUAUGUCUGGUCAAAAAUUUAUAAACGUUACGAAAAUGCCAAAUAUGUAUUGAUACCUGUUUACUUGUUUGGAUGUUGGAGUGUUUGGGAUCUGUUGCGUCAUAAAAAUAUUUUCUGGAAAGUUUCAUUUUUAGUUUGUCUGCUUGCAGCAACAGUUCCACAGAAGUUAUUAGAAUUCAGGUAUUUCAUCAUUCCGUACAUCUUUUUCCGAUUGAACAUGAAACCGUCACCCAUUAUUUACCUGGUCAUUGAAUUUUUGUUGUAUUUUGUGGUAAAUGUAGCAACUGUUUAUCUUUUUGUGAAAAAGCCGUUUGUGUGGAGUUCUGGGGAACUGCAGAGAUUUAUGUGGUGAUAAUAAACAUGCUGAUUUGU